AUGUUCCUUAUCUUGACUACGCUUUGUGUGUUCUUGAGAUUAUGGGCCAAACUCCGGACUGGAAAGCGGGUACUCGGUGUCGACGACUAUUCUAUGCUCACUGCUUGGUUCUUCUAUAUUCUGUUGUGCUGCCUUGCAAUGAGCCUUGCAUUUCUGGAACACCAUAACCCGAUCCUGGAUCUACCAGUCGCAGACAAAUUCUUACUGCGACUCACACUUGGCGAAGCAACAUUCAUGCUUGCGACUAUCUUUCUCAAAAUUUCCCUCAUGCUCUUCUAUCGACAGUUUGUUUGGAAGAAAUGGCAACGACGCGCAAUCAUCAUUGCAGGGGCCGGUUCGAUCCUCCUGUCUCUCAUCGCUCUAUUCCUAUCCUUGUUUCAAUGCGGUAGUCUCUCACACAUAGCCCACCGACAAAUCCGUGGCCAAUGUGUUCGACGCAACAGAUAUGUCCCUCUUCUGUAUCUGCAUGGAGCUACUGGAGCCGUGACGGAUUGGGCCUUUGCACUACUUCCUGUGUCUGUGCUUAUCAAAUCGUCGCUCAAGCCGCACAUCAAAUUGUCGGUCUGCAUCUUACUCAUCCUCGGCGUCACUGGCAGUGUGGCCGCCUGCUUCCGUACUGCAUUUGUUUACGGAGUAUGGUUUGAUGUUUCGUUUCUCGACCCUGCUCAAAACCCUACCUUCUAUGACUAUUCUGCACCGGAAAUUGUGCUGGCGCUUACGGAACUUGGUUUCGGAAUUUCAGCUGCAAGUCUGGCUUGCUUGCAACCACUUCUCAGACACUUUAUACACAAGCUACAGGAAUGGUUCCAACGAUUUUUCUCGAGCGACUCGGACAAUACCACUGGAGCUGUGCGAUCGUACAUGGGACUUUUACCACAUGUCCAACUGCGUGGCAAGAGACCCUCAGACGCAAAAGAAACCGCACAGGCCCAAGCGGGCGAUGCCGAUCCGCGACCAGAAUUUCCACCACAUCCAGCAGUCCGCAGAUACGGAAUGGCAGAUGCUGGAGGCCGACGAGGCAUGUCUCUCGCCCGCCCUAGAUCAUCACCAGGCGUACCUACGCUUCAAAGUAUUUCCGAAACGACUUGCGAGCACGAACAUCCCAAGCCAGUCCGGUUAAGGAAACCUAGCAUGAUCAUUGGUGUACUACCAACGAUCUCUACAGAAAUUGAUCACGAAGAGGAGUCUGGGCCUAGUCGAGUGGCGGACACACCGACGCGAGACACCUUCAAAAUCGAAGAUCCUGGGCAUAUAAAAAGGGUUGAUUCACAAGGUUGCACUCUGCAUUGA